AUGUCAGACUCAUUCUUCAAAUUGUUUGGCUCUGUCAAAAUAGUCCAAGAAGUGACUAAUCCCACAUCCACAUCCACCACCACUGUAAAUACAUUCAGCACUCACACCUCGACAACACUCGGAGCAUCAUCUCAUACGCUACAGCCUUCGAUCCCUGCCGCUACUACAACACCAUUGAACUUCAAACCACAGAAAAAGAGACAUCAGCACGGCAGAAAGAACUCUUACUACCCUUCCAAACACCUUCGCAAACUCAACAAGUUCAAACUGCAGCAACAACAGCAAUUUUCCAUCAUCAAAAUAUACAGCAGUGGCCAACUCAAAUGCAAAUCACAGAAACUAUUGUGUCUCUGGCCUCUGCCCACCAUCACUCGCUACACCAUUCUGCUGUCUCUCAUAGUCUCGGCACUGAAUUUCCUCAAUGUAAUCCAGCUCGCAUGCUCUUCGCCUACCUAUGUCAUUCAUCGGCUGGAAAUCUUGAAUCUACUAUUGUCACCAUUUUUAUGCAUCGCUUCUUUACCGAGUAUGCUCAUGUUUGGUUGGAACGUUUUGAUCCUGGGCUUGUUUGAGGAAUCCCUGACGCACAUGUUGGGCGAUACCAGGCGAUUUGUGCAGACAUUCAUGGGCAUUGUUGUGUCUGUGUGCACCAUUCGUCAAGGCAUUGGCUAUGUGUUCUCCAAGAGCACAGGAUGGGCAGUUCCCUCCUUAUUUUUCAGUGAUUCGUUGCAUGAAUGCAAUCAAGGCCUGGCUCCGUUCUUGUUUGCGCUGCUGGUCAUUCAAUCACUCAACAUUGACGACAAAUACAUUCUCAUGUAUGGAAACAACAACAAACUGACAGUGCGAAAAGUGACACUACAGUUUGUCAUGUGUCUGGUGAACUAUGCAGUGAAAAACAUCCUGUGGUGGUCAUUGACUGGAUUAGUGACAGGUUUCUUGGGCAUGAUUGUGAUUCAAGCAUGUCUUGCUCAAGACAAGCAUUGGGACAAUGAUAUGUUGAAUGAAAAUAGCCACGACCUACCGCCUGAUAUGACGCAAGGACGGUUUAGACCUUUGCCUCUGUGGAAGACGCUCCACAAUGCCAUCAAAAAGGGCCUCCUUGUGGUAGCCACCAUCUUGCCAUUUUUGUUGCUAUGCAACAGCUACUACACUCGAGAACGAUUUGUUGAACCCGCCGCAUUGAAUCAACUCUCUUACGACCGCUACCUGUUUACAUUUGUCAUCAUGACAGCACCACGUAGAGGCGAUCCUCCCUUUUUGACUCGCACACUCGACUCAUACCUUCAAAAUUGGCCUGAACAAGUGCCUGAAGCAGGCUCACUUUACGAUCGCAUACAAACCAUCAUCUACACUCACUUUACAGCCCAUGUUGAAUUUGAUCGUGCAAAGCGCUUGUUACAGUCAACACAGCGUGGCCAACGCUACCUCAAGUGGAUUCGAGAAGAAGGCGAUACGCUGGAUCAAAGAAGCCAUGUGUCAAAAGCCCUCAGUCUGGCUGCCGACAACUACCAAAGCACCUACAUUGCAUUAGUGGAAGACGAUUUCCCAGUAUGUGGAGCAAAGCAGUGGCGACAAAUUGAAAGUGUGAUUUACGAUGCCAACAUGGCAUCUCCUGGGCAUUGCGGCGUGUUUGUUGGCACAGGUGGAAGUGGCCUGUUUUUGAAGCCUAAAAUUGCCAAGCUGGCCUCAGGAUUGCUACUGAAAUACCCAAGCUUGCCCCCAGAUAUCAUCAUUCAACAGUGUUUGCUGGGCAACUUGAAAGAGUGCAGAGAGUGUAGCCAAACUCUUGUUACUAGCAAAACGUUGCUAAUGUAUCAUAUUGGCUACAACACGUCUACAAGUGCUGAUCGAUCCUACAAAAAGAAUGAAUUCCAGUGUGGUUGGCGCCAUCCAUUCAACGGUGAUCCAAACGUGAUAACUCUAUAG